AUGAUUCGAACGAUUUAUGAUGAUUUGGAUGAUGAUGAUGAUUUAAAUGAUGAUGAGUAUGAUGAUGAUGAUGAUGACGCUGAUGAUGAUGAUGAUGAUUACGAUGACGUUGAUGAAGAUGAAGACGAUGAUGAUGAUGUUGAUGAUGAUGAUGCUUCGGAUGAUGAUGAAGAUGACGAUGAUUAUUAUGAUGAUGAUUUGAAUUAUGACGUUGAUGAUGAUGAUCAUGAUGAUUUGGAUGAAGACGAUGGUGAUGAUUUGUAA